GAAGAAACUAGUCAAGUGGAUAUUUUUUUUUGUACCUAGUCUACUUUUUUUUUUGGUUUGUCGUCUCGACACAAACAAAAUCCUACCUUCGACUUUAGUCAAAGUUACUCGUGACAGGAUUUUGUAUUUUUGCAACGACAGUGUUCAGAAACUUGUUCUUCACUCUCCUUCCGUGUCUUCUUCUUUUAUCGCCGACGCCCCAUGACAUCCAGAGAACUGUUUUAAAGUUGUUCGGAUGCUUUAAAUCGUUUCGCACCUAUUUUGACUCGUCUGUGUGUUUAAAUGUUGUGUCGAUAGAACUUUAAAGAAUAGCGGGAUUUAGAAUUAGAAAAUUCCUAAAGCUCAACGGAGAAAGAGCCUGUAACGGGACAGGUGAGCAAAGUUCCAGAGGCCACCAGACAGCCAUGAAGCUACCUCACCCAUCAAAGAGCUUCCUUUAUUUGCUCCUAACUUUUGGACUGUUUCUAGGUGGAAUGCCUGUUGAAGUGAACAUUAGGGAUACUGCGAUUUUCACUUGUAAUGAGACAUGUAAUGGACAUCUCUCAUGGACAUUCAACACUAACAAUGAAAAUCUGGACGUUUUAAAAUGUGCCCAAAAUACUUGCACAGAAGGAGACAACUUUAAGAACAGAGUGAGCAUCAAGCCUGGAACCCUGUCUCUAACCUUGUAUCCUGUUCUUUACAAUGAUGAAGGCUGGUACUUGGUCAUGUGCGAUUCAGUGUUUCUCUGUAGAAUCCACUUAGAAGCUCUUGUGCCCACUACUGUGAGUGCCUCAGUCAGAAGCAAUGUCACACUACCUUGCUACGCACGCACAGAGAAACAGAUCGCUGAUGACACUGUGAACAUCCUGUGGAAAAAAGAUGACCAAACGGUGGUACAAGUUCAAAAAGGAAUUACGACAUAUGGCUCAGGUUUUAAAGGCAGGGCAUCAGUUUCACUACACCAUUAUAAGGACGGAGAUCUUUCCCUUAACAUACUCAGAGUCACCCCAUCAGAUAAGGGAUUGUAUCGGUGCUAUCACAGGGAUACAGAGGAGCAUGGUUAUCCUGCUGCUGUCACUUUCAACGUUACAGCUGAUCAAAAGUUCUAUGCAAAAAAGUUUGGUGAUAAUCUCACCCUGGACUUGUUCGGCUCUGACCGUGUGAAGGUAACUUUCACCGGUCAUGAUGCAGCUGAGACCCUGGUUUGCAGUGUGACAGGAAUAAAUCCUACAUGUUCAUCUGACUACAGUCACAGAGUAUCUGUCAUAAAGGGCUUCCUCGUGGUGCAUGAUGCAACAUCCUCUGAUACAGGCACAUUUACUGUGAGAGACAAGAUGGGUGAAGUCAUUGGUGUCAACACUGUUACUGUGGAGGGUGUGACCCAGAGACAUCACUUCAUAACUGUGUCCGUACUAAUUGGUUUCACUGUCAUUUGCAUUUGCCUGAUCAUUUGGUGUCAGUGUCAUGGAAAGUCACAAGCACAGCAGUAUCGCUGCAGUUAUAAGGCAGUACUGUCUAAUGUGGAUAUAAACCCAGAACCAUUGAGAGAGCCUGCAUGCAUUGGAUUGUCACAACAAGAAACCAACCCAGUGCCUGACGUUUGUCCUCGCACACCUGUAGAGGAGACCAUGCCUGAGACUGUGAGGACCAUUGAGAAGCAAGACGACACUGAAGAGUAUAUUACUACUGGAAUUGGAUUUGACAAAACAAUAUAGGAAUACUUUAAGAGAACUCAAAACCUGCUCAAGUGUUUUUCCUCUGCUGUAUUAUAUGCUAUGAGAAAUAUGGCAUUACAUUUUUGAGAUAUUCUUGAAAUUACUGCAUUACUGUGCCAGUAAACUAUAUGGGAAAGGAGAGGAAUUAUAUAUACAGUGGUGUGAAAAAGUGUUGGCCCCCUUCCUGAUUUCUUAU